AUGAAUUUGCCUUGCUGUUCCAAUAGUUUUGGAGGGGACUAUACACUAGUCUGGGUUGAAUUUUAGAUAUUACUGUUCUAGUGUGAAAAUGAUGAGUAGUAGUUACAGACCAUUACAACAUUGCUUCAUUGUUAUAUUUUGCAAGUUUGCAUGGGCUGAAUAAAAUAAGGUCACAGGCCUGAAGAUUGGCACAUGUGAAUUAUGGGAACGCAAAUAACCUCAUAAUCACAUAUGGAAACAGAAUGACAACAUCCAAGGAAUGCAUGAAAAUACAUGGUCUACUAUUUACACUCACAUGUGUCAUCAUCUCUCUGGGGCUCACAUAGUGCCUAUUAUAUCUGUCAGUUCACAAAUAUAUUUCUCUUUGGAGCUGAGUUCACAUAUCAAAGUGGGAUUUUGCACCAGAUGUAACAGAAUAAUGCAACCAUAGAAUUUUACAAAUAUUGUCUUCUCAUCCUGUAUUGUUAGUGGUAUCUGUAAAUUUUUAUGGUUCUAUUUUGUAUCAUAUUAUGUCAGUUACUAAUGAUAGCACAGUUGAGGUUUUACUUAUACAUCAGCAAAUAUUCCAGGUUGCACUGAAUGAGGGAUUGGUAUCAAAAGUCAUUUUUGCAAUAUUAAUGUCUCUGUUCUUUAUCUAUUUGAAUGCCAUCAUGGUCUACACUCUUUGGAGCAAGCCUAUUUUUAAAGAGACUCCACGCUACAUUCUGUUUAACCACAUGCUUCUCAAUGACUCGAUUCAGCUCUUUGUUACCUCUUUGUUGUAUAUUUUUAGUCUGGCCUAUCUCAAGUUAGUCAUGGCUGCAUGUACUUUCUUAGUUUUUGUUUCAAGUACAACAUUCCGUAAUGCACCUUUAAACUUGGCUCUGAUGUCGCUAGAGCGUUAUGUGGCCAUAUGCUUUCCUCUAAGACAUGCUGAAAUAGCCACUCAAAAAAGGACUUAUAUUUCCCUUGGAAUUAUUUGGUUUAUGGGUCUGAUGUACUUUAUAAUUGACUUGCUUUAUGUAGUACUGGUGGAUCCUAAAUUUUUAACCUCACAAAUAUUUUGCACGAGAGAAAGACUCUUCAUAAAGCAAUGGCAACUAGAUGCUUAUCAGGGCGUUAAUGUAUUCUACUUUGUGUCAGUGUCGAUGAUCAUCCUUUUCACAUAUGUUAGAAUUCUGAUCACAACCAGGUCCAUUUCCUCCAAUAAAGAGUCAGCUGCAAAAGGACACAAGACUGUACUGCUGCACCUUGUUCAGCUGGGACUGUGCCUUACUUCUUUUCUUUAUAGCCUUAUAGAGCGAGCUGCAGCAAUGGCCAGCACCAGCACCAGCGUCUUCAGCAACCUGCGUUACCUAAACUAUGUGUUUGUGUUGAUCUUGCCACGCUGUCUAAGCCCACUCAUCUAUGGACUGAGAGACGAUGCUGUACGGCCCCUAUUCAUCUACUACUUUCGCUGUGCCACAGGCAAACACACGUCUAUUGUCAAUGUACACUGAAUUGAGAGCAUUUUUUGAGAUGCUUAAGGAUAUUUAAACCUGUUCAAAGUCAUAAUAAUUGUUGUAAAAUCUCAUGGAGAAAAUAUAGCAUGAAUGGUUAUGCAUAGUUAUCUUGUAACUCACUUGUAUCUUGUAAGUCCCACUAUACUGGGGGUUUUGAUUCAGCUCUGUAUAACACAGCUGACACCACAUCACCAUGCGUUUCAGUUAAAAACAAACACUGACUGUUUGCACGAGGCUGAAACAAAAUCCUGUGUUCUUUUUUAAAGGGGACUGACCAUCACUUCAUCUGGUCUAAUGUUAAAACUGUCUAGUGUUUAAACUAUUUAAUUAAUUAAUGUCAAUUAUACAGGUUUGAACAGAGCCUUAACACAAAUGUUCUAACUAUAUUUUGCUGAUAAAUAAAGAUUAUCAUUAAACAAUAAAUUAAGCAAAGAAUAUUAGCUUUUACAAUAUAGUAGAGAGUACUGAAAAAGAGAAAAAGAAAAGAAACACUUGUAGACCUUUCACAAACUUGAAGAUCUUGUAAAGUUUGUGUUUAUUUAAAAUAAAAAUCA